AUGUUCACUUGAUAGCUUUUCAAUAUUGCUGUCAGAUCAAAUCUACUAGCGUCAGUGGUGCGUGGAGGUCAUGUUAUGUUUUUUUGUUGACAUGUCUCAACUAUAUCCCACGAUCUUACUUUGUGUUUAUGGAUUCUUCUCUAAUCUCCGACCUUCUGAGCCUUUCUUUACUGCGUUUUUGAUGGGACCUGAUAAAAACCUUACUGAAGCACAGGUAAGUGGAAGGACGAGGUAAGCUAGCAUUAGCUUCUUGUUCGUUGUGAAACAAGCAACUACAUUUAGCUAGCUAACUACAAAAUAACGUAUUGUUUACAUGUUGAAUAUCUGUAAUGCAAUCACAUGCUAAUCUAUCACCAAUAUACAACCAAGAGAACCGUUAGCUCUUCUGUAACAUUAUCUUGCUAACAUUGUUUCAGUGUCCUCGUGCUAAUCCAGUUUGACUGCAAUCCAUGAAAUAUUUUCUUAAUAGGACCACUAGCUCAUGUGGUCCAAAUCCUUUGAAAAAAGUCUAAAAUCCGAAAAUAAUUGCUUUUCCCCUUUGGCACCAAUGAAGAAAGGUAGCCUAGUUAGUUAACUAAUCUGGUGAUUGUUUUGUAAUAGCUAAACAGGCAGCAACUUCGAAUAUUAGACUUACAUGACAUUUUUGUCCAUUGGAAGUUUUUAUCUAUUUUGUCCGUAGGAGUGAAUUACAAUAACAUGGCUCACUUUGUCUACGUAUCCUCUGUCUACAGCUUGUAAAUGAAAUCUACCCAAUAUGGACCUAUUCCUACCUUGUGCUACUUCUCCCAGUCUUCCUGGCCACGGACUACCUGUGCUACAAGCCUGUGCUGAUCCUGCAGGCGGUGAGCUUGGUAGUGACCUACUUUAUGCUAGUGAAGGCCCAGGGUGUGCUGGCCAUGCAGCUUCUGGAGUUCUUCUUUGGCCUCGCCACUGCCACAGAUAUAGCCUACUAUUCCUACAUCUACAGUGUGGUAGACCCGGCCCAGUACCAGAGAGUGACUGGAUACUGUCGUAGUGUUACGUUACUGGGCUCUGCCGCUGGCUCGCUGGCUGGGCAGCUGCUAGUGUCUGUGGCUCAGAUCCCGCUGUUCUACCUCAGUGUUGUCACAUUGGUGUCGGCCAUCUUGGCCUUUGUGGCGCCCUGGUUUUUGCCCAUGCCCGGUAAGAGCUUGUUCUUCCAUAAAAGCCUGGGGAUAGACGGGGAGAAGCCGGCGCACCAAAACAGCAGGAUUCCCAUGGAUGAAGCAGAGGACCCUGAGAGCAAAGUGCCUCUGAAGAUUGAUGAGGUCACCAUGGUGAGACUCAUUUUUUUGUGUGAUCUUUUUAUUGUUAUUGGUAAGACAGGUCAUGGUGAGCCUCUUUGAAGGACUGAGUAGUGUUGUUGUUGAACUGUGUUGCAGCUCUGAGAGUUAAAACCAUUAACUGUUGUUUAUUAAUGGAUCUCAUGCAACUCUGCUGUCCCAAACUGAAAGCUGCUAGAUUGACACAAUCCUGAUUGACACACAUUGACCGUUGCAAUACUAGAACAUUUACAAAAAAGACAUUGAACUAAAACCUUGCUUCAUCACUAACUUUCAGGAAGCUGUUUUUUCAGAGCAUUUCAGUCUGUUGAUUCUUACGCAAAUUCUUACUUAACCCUGUGUACCGGUUUUUUCACUCAGGUGGUGACGGCCAGUGAUGGUGGUGGCGCUAGCAGUGGCUUAGUGGACGUGUUAAGGGUCCUAUGGGAAGACUUCCUGCAGUGCUACUCAUGCCCUGCCCUCCUGGCCUGGUCGGUGUGGUGGGCCCUCUCUACUUGUGGCUACUUCCAGUUGGUCAACUAUGUUCAGGCCCUGUGGGAGAAGGUCCUGCCUUCCCAGGAGUUUGAGAUCUACAAUGGAUACGUAGAGACAGUCUCCACCUUGUUAGGUAAACUUGAUGAUGUAGUACCAUUUCAGAUGAAUUAGAACCAGAGAACCUUCCAGAGUGUGAACCUAAGAAGCUACUACUUGAACUGAUCAAAUAAUAGUCUUGCGUUACCAUACUUCCAUGUCAGCCUGGAAGCAGACGAUAAUCAAAUUCAUAUCCAUUUCAAAGCAUUUUCUGUUUGUCUGCCGACUGAUCGCGCCCCUGGGGUCUAUGCCUAGGUGCGUUAGCAGCCUUCGGGGUGGGCUCCAUCAAGGUCUCCUGGGCAGUCUGGGGAGAGCUGUCUCUCUGCAUCUUCUCAGUGGUCAUGGCUGUGGCUGUGUACCUCAUGGACACCAUCAGGAACAUCUGGGUGUGCUACACCUCCUAUGUGGUCUUCAGAGCCACCUACAUGCUGCUCAUAACCAUCGCUACGUGAGUAGGACGGACAGACACCCCCUGAAAACCAUAUGAUAUCCAGGGAUUUAAAGUUUGUUAUUAAUGAUGAGGUGGUUGGACUCAAUUGUAUCAUUACUGUAGACUUCUACUGUAGCUAGCUGUCUACCUAUGAUAUAUCUUAACUGUGUAUUCAAUUUAAUCUUUCAACUGUGUAUUCUCUGUGUAAGUUCUACUUUUAUGUUUUUAAUUGUAUUUGUAAAGAAAAUAUUUUCUGCUCCAUUAGGUUUCAGAUUGCUGCCAACCUGAGCAUGCAGCGAUAUGCCUUGGUGUUUGGAGUGAACACUUUCAUCGCCCUGCUGCUUCAGACUCUGCUUACUGUUGUGGUAGUGGACACUGUCGGGCUGGGCCUGGACAUUUUCCCACAGGUAACUUAUCUAAAGACAAUACUAUCCAUGAUGUUUGGAUGUAAAAUAUGGUUUGUUUUUAGAAAGGGUAGUAUUACUGUUACAACACUAACGUAGCUUGAUAAAUAUUUUCUCUCUCUCUCUCUGUGUCACAGUUUCUCAUAUACGCCAUCUACUUUGCUGUGAUCGCAGUGAUCUUCCUCAUGGCCGGGCUGUACAAGCUGGUGUUGAGGAGAAGAUCCCAGCCAGCGGCCCAGACUGACAGUGGAGAGAACGAGUCAGACUGCCUUAGCAGAGACUCCUCCCCUCAAUGAGCUGCAGCAGAUCACAAAUACAUGACUAUCUGUUUAUGGCGCAGUACUAGAAAGAGGAACACGUCAGGACCAGUGAUGGGGUCAAUUCCAUUUCAAUU